ACUAAUGCCUAGCAAAGCAGAAUGACUCACGCUGGGUCCCAGAGCUGGCCAGUGGAAGCACUGGGACCUCCACAUACAGAAGGCAUGGACUAUUGACCACUGUUGGUAUUGGUCUCAUCAUGGACUAUCAUUAAGUGUUGGCUGUUUGCAUGCCUCCUGCCCAGCAGCAGGUUCAAAGAAGCCUGUGGGGAGCGUGCUUCUUUCCUUCCCAGGGCCUGCAGUUGGGCUGGAAGACAGAGCAACAAAAAUCACCCAUGUAGCUGACAAGAACAUUCAUGUGUGCUGAAUGGCAGGUGAAGGUGCCACAGAGAGCAGGUGCCAGUGGCACUUGGCCUGUUUGGGUGGGUGGCAUUCAGAGAGAUAGAAGGUCAGAUGCAGGGUUCACACUUGUCAUCUCAGCACUUUGGAAGGCCAAGGAACCCAGGAUCUUCACCUGGUUAGUGUGAGUGCUCCAGGAGGUGGGCACCCUCCCUCAGCCCUCAAGCAAAAAUGAGUUUUAAGGAGAAGCAGCAGCAGCAACAGCAGCCACAGAGCUUAUGACAGCUACAGCCUAAGGGCAACAGGCAAGGGAGACCAAGGACCAGAAAGAGCAGAGGCUUUUUCAAAGAAAGAGACCCCACUCCUAGCACCCAGUGAUGGUGGCGAGCCCCACCCACAGUGCCUGCUAAGAACAAGUCCCACGUGAGGACAACACGGUCCCCUGAGAUGCCCACAGGGACCCCGAGAUGCCUGCAGUGCUUGGCUCUCCCGCUGGCUGGCUGCCCACCUGGCUCAGGCCCAGUACGCACCCUGGUCACACCUGGGAGAGCAGGAGAGGACAGCAUAGCACUUGCAGCAAGAUGGAUGUGGGCAGCAAAGAGGUCCUGAUGGAAAGCCCGCCGGACUACUCCGCAGCUCCCCGGGGUCGAUUUGGCAUCCCCUGCUGCCCGGUGCACCUGAAACGCCUUCUCAUCGUGGUGGUGGUGGUGGUCCUUGUCGUUGUGGUGAUUGUGGGAGCCCUGCUCAUGGGUCUCCACAUGAGCCAGAAACACACGGAGAUGGUUCUGGAGAUGAGCAUCGGGGCUCCGGAAGCCCAGCAACACCUGGCCCUGAGUGGGCACCUGGGUACCACUGCCACCUUCUCCAUCGGCUCCACUGGCCUCGUGGUGUAUGACUACCAGCGGCUCCUGAUCGCCUACAAGCCAGCCCCUGGCACCUGCUGCUACAUCAUGAAGACAGCUCCGGAGAGCAUCCCUGGUCUUGAGGCUCUCACUAGAAAAGUCCAGAACUUCCAGGGUCAGUGGAAGCCCCAAGGGGACAGGAAACGCCCUGAGCAAAGGGUCUUUUGCAGCUUUUGCAGACGAGCAAGAGGCUGCUUCUGCCCACAACGCAGGGACAGGCCCUGGAGAAAUGGGAGUUUGGGGAGAGGAUGGGGGCGGGCAGAGUUGGUGCCCAGGGGCCCGGGAACUCCUGCUACAACAGAAUAAAGCAGCCUGAUUGAAAAGC